GGUAGGAGUGACCCAGUCGCUCCUCCCUCCCACUUGGCCGCCGCAAUCGGAGCCGCGCUAGUGAGGCGUACCGCUGUACGCCGCCAACUCCCUCCUUGCGCACAAUGUCUCGAGCAGCGAAAAAGCAGCUUUAAAAUGUCAAGGCUGGAUCCAAUUUGCCAGCGAGCAAGCGGGAGGAGGAUGGUGACGAGCGAGGCGGCGUCUCCCCGGGGCUGAGGCUGCCGCCGCCGCUGUCUGGCGCACAAUGAAACUCUACUGCAAAGUGGUGGCCCUCGCGCUCUGCCUGGGGAUCCUGCUCUUGCUCUACCUCUUCGUGGGUAACGCCGACGAGCCGCCUUUGAAAGUUGCGAAGGAAAGUCACUUGGCUCACGUUUCCUCCGGGCCUGGAAGCAACCUCGCCCCCGCGCUGCAGGCACAUUUCGGACCCGUCCAGGCUGCGGAGCAAGAGGAGGAAGAGGCAGUUCAGGUUUCCAAGAGGGAGCCACGUCUCCACAAAAAAACAGGCAAACGCAGCGCUGCUAGAGGGAAGUUUGCGAACGUUAGGAGACCAAAGGACCAGAAGCAUUCUACAGCCCAGCUCUCGUUGUCUCAAUGGAUGCAUCUGGCAGUUGUAGCAUGUGGCAACCGGCUGGAAGAAACUCUCAUCAUGCUGAAAUCAGCAGUUCUCUUUAGUAACAGGAAACUCAAAUUCCACAUCUUCGCAGAGGAUUCCUUGAAGCCUGAAUUUGACAGGAAAUUACAGGAAUGGCCCUCUUCUUAUACAAAGAAGUUUGAAUAUAAUGUCUACCCAAUCGCCUUUUCAGUAGGAAAUGCUCAGGAAUGGAAAAAAUUAUUCAAGCCAUGUGCUGCCCAGCGUCUGUUUCUUCCGAUGAUUUUAAAAGAUGUAGACUCCCUUUUAUAUGUGGACACAGAUGUCCUAUUUUUGCGACCCAUUGAUGACAUCUGGGGCUUUCUGAGAGCUUUCAAUUCCACACAGCUGGCUGCAAUGGCUCCAGAACAUGAAAUACCAAAGAUUGGCUGGUACAGUCGCUUUGCUCGCCACCCAUAUUAUGGAAUGACUGGGGUCAAUUCUGGUGUCAUGCUGAUGAAUUUAACCCGUAUAAGAAAUGCCCAGUUCAAGAACAGCAUGAUACCGACAGGCCUGACAUGGGAGGAGAUGUUGUACCCUUUAUACCAAAAGUACAAAAACUACAUUACAUGGGGAGACCAGGACUUGCUCAAUAUUAUUUUUUACUUUAAUCCAGAAUGUCUGUAUCUGUUUUCUUGCCAAUGGAACUAUCGGCCAGAUCACUGCAUGUAUGGCAGUAACUGUAAAGGAGCAGAGAAAGAAGGCAUUUCCAUUCUCCAUGGGAACAGAGGUGUCUACCAUGAUGAUAAACAGCCUACUUUCAAAGCACUGUAUGAAGUAAUACGUGAUUUUCCCUUUGAAGACAAUAUCUUCCAGUCAAUGUACUAUCCUCUCCAGUCGAAAUUCCUUGAUGCUGUACACACUUUAUGCGGGCGAAUUCCACAGGUUUUUCUAAAACAAAUUGAGAGAACCAUGAAGAAAGUCUAUGAACGCCAAGUGAUCAUCAACGUUGGGGGCAACUUCAGAUUAUAAUCAUAACAGUAUAUUUUGAUAUAGUUUUCAUCUCUUUAUUCAGUCCCCCUGAGAUAGAUUAUCUUAAGGGAGAACGACUGUUUUAGGCUGCAAUCCUAUACACACUUAACUGGGAGCAAGUCCAGUUGAACUCAGUGGGUCUUACUUUAGGGUAGACAUGUAUAGGCUUGUAAGGUAGUUGCAUCUUGAGCAAAAAUGCCAGUCAGGGUGUUCCUGUAUUUGUUUGGUAUUAAUGGUGUGAACACAGUUAACGAGGCUGAUAAUAAUGGAUGUGAACAUGGCUAAAAAUCUAAAAAAUUCAUCAGAAGGUGUCAGAAAUUUUUGGAAACGAUUGUUAAAGCUAAUUUGAUUCUUAUUGUCUUGUUUGAAGGCGACAAAGCUCUAGUCUAGACACAUCCCAUUUCAGAGUGUACAGAUGACAGCCAAAAGUUAGUAUGUGAGGUUUCAGCUACCCAGGAAAAUGAAUGUCUUGAGAGGUAGAGACAGAUAUUGGGUGAACUCUGAAUUUCUCUGUAAUUCUGUGAGAAGGCCACUGUCCUCUUCAGAGUUAUUCCUUGUACUUGAAAGUAAUUGUGGGGACUAUGCUUACAGGUAUUGCUUAAGUUUUGUAGUAGAAGGAAAUGCAUAACGCUUCCUCAUUUAAUGCAUUCUUGUUGCUCUUAAUGCUUCAAUUCCUAGAUCUUGCACAUUGGCUUUUGAUACUUCCCAUGCUAACAUCUGUCCUCCAUUGGGGCUACCAAAGCUAGUGUGAGAAGUACUCAUGUGAUUCCAACAUUGUGUGUUAACAGUCUAACACCAGAGCCAGCUACAGGAAAACAGGUUUCCAGCAGCAAUCAUACCACAAUAGCAAGUUACCAAUUGAGCAUUAAUUAAUGUGUAGGCUACUUGGUUUGAGAUAAACAUGAAACUGAAGGAAAUUCAUCACAGUUGCUUGUUUACAUUGCACUGUUAUAUUAGAGACAAGUCUACAUAUUCUCUCUACAACAACAGGGACAUUGCUACUGUACAAGUGCACUUAGAUUGUACUUAGAAGGGCACAAUCCACCUGGAAUGUCUCUGCAAGUCCCAUUGAAGUGAAUGGGAACUACAUAAAAUAAAAUGUUAUUGCUCA